AUGGAGCAAUACAAAGUGCCUCAUCUCUGCUACAAACGCAACCGGGGCACUGGCAGUCGGCGUCCUCUGUACAGGGAUCUCCUUCGUCAUAGAUCACUUCUCCAGGCAGGUCUCCUCCCGGAUUGUAUUCACACACUACGACAGUCCAAGAGUUCCAACAAGGUACAACUACACAACCAAUCCUGUCGCUCGAUUGCCAUGCCAACUGGCUGUAUUUACUUAAAGACAUGUAGUUGUUCAUGGUAAAAACGUUCUUUUCAGGUACACCAUUUUUCUGUAAUUGACCGAACCAGGCGUCGACGCUCGCUAUUGCAGCCUCUGUCUUGUUAUUAG